ACACAAAAAGGCUAGAAGUCUCCAUUUUCAAAUGGGAACAAAAAAAAAAAAAAAAGGGGGGGAGGAAAUGAAGGAAAAAGGAUAAAGAAUGAGAGAGAAAGAUGGGGUUGUGUCAAGGGUUGAAAGGAACUAUACAAAGUGAAGUAGUAAUAGUGUAGUGUGGGAGGAGAAGAGGCAAAGAAGCAAACAACUACAGGGUCAUAAUAUGGUCACGUCGUUGUUAUUCCCCGCCUUCCAAUAACUCCCAGAAUUCCACGCUUUGUAUGCUCCCCCUCUGCUUUUGCUUUGUCCUUGUUACUACAUACCCCGUCUCUCUCACAAUUCAUAAAUAAGAGACCAUGGUCAACCUACUAUAUUCCUUGUUCCCUUUUCACUUUUCUUCUGUUUCAAAACCAGAACUCUUCUUUCUCCAUUUAAUCUCUCAUUCUUUCUUGUCCACUUUACACCUCUGAAGCUCUCAACGCCCCUCUUCUUGUCCACUCUACUACCCAUUUCCCUACGAAGCACACUCUUAGUACCAUGUGGACGAUGGAUUCUAGUGAUAGCAGCGACCUUACCAUGUCUGAUUCCUUCCAUGGUCGGAAACUUCGGCCUCUCGUUCCAAGGCCUAAUGCUUCUGUCCUCCCCAAGAUUACAGUGAAUUCUACAGUGGCAAUCUCUCCUUGUAUUAGUCACCUUCAUGGCACUGAUCUUUUUGCAUUGAAUCACCAUCUGGGUGGUACAUCUGAUCAGCAAAGAAAGACAGAUUUCAACACACAACCCUUCGGGAGCUCAAGGUGGAAUCCAACACCAGAGCAGCUACAAGCCCUGGAGGAGCUGUAUCGACGAGGAACGCGAACACCCACUGCUGAACAAAUCCAACAAAUUGCUGCACAACUUCGUCUGUUCGGCAAGAUUGAAGGGAAGAAUGUGUUUUACUGGUUUCAAAAUCAUAAAGCGCGAGAACGCCAGAAACGCCGUAGAGAGUUGGAGUCAGAUUCUGAAGAACAACAGCGUGAUAAUGGUAGCCUAGAAAGGAAAGAAUCAGUGCUGAGAAGGACAUGUAUUGAAGUUGAACAGACAAAGAACUGGGUGGUGCCCUCUUCAAACUGCAGUACACUCUCUGAGGAAUCUGUUUCAAUACAGAGAGCAGCGGUUGCAGAAAGUAGAACAGAUGUGUGGUUUCAAUUUGAGGAGAGAGAAUUACAGCAGACAAGAAGCACAGUAGAAAGGCAGGCCACAUGGCAGUUGAUGGGGCUCACCUCUUCUCCUCCUUCCCAACUUAUAGACACCAUAACCACAACCACCGUAGCCGAAGCAUUGAAUACAAUAUACCCAAAGCAGAAGCCAUUAAGCCCUCAAAGUCUCAGACCCAACACCCACCUCGAACAUGAAACCAGGGAGUCUCAAACCCUUCAACUCUUCCCAGUUCAGGGGGGCCAGAGCUUCAAUGCUGCUAAUGAAAUCAUUAGCGUGGCUGAGAUGGAGAAUGGAUUACCCAUCACAACCAUAGACACCAACUUCACUCCAAACCAGUUUUUUGAGUUCCUCUGAACAAGUGAGAAGAAAGCAGGUCGGACCCAUGUGGUCACAGUUAAUUGCUUUGCUGUUUAUGUAUGACGAUAAAUCCGACUUAGGUUUGCUUUUUCCGUUGGAAUCUGCUACUGUUCUUAACCGUUUAUAUCAUGCCAAGGUGCAACACUAGGAUAGGGACAUGUAGUUAUGUUUUGAUGGAAGACAUUGCCCUAAAUUGCAUUUGGACCAUGUCGCUUACACCAAUGUAGUUCCUUAUUUUAGAGGCCAUGGCAGUCAAUAUAUCUUCAAAAAAAUAUUAUUAUUUCAUGCA